AUGGCGCAGCAAGCUCACCCAGUUUCGUACGCGCCGCUCAAGAAGUUAGAGCUCAAGACUGGCUCUACCUACAAGGUGUUUAUACCAAAUCACAAUGCAAGGCAAAUGUCAUUCUCAUUACAGCGAUUUCAACCUGGCUCCUCAAAUCAUGACGUUCUCAUACUUGUGGUCCAUAAUGAUAGGAAGCCCCUCAUUUCCAUUCGAUUGAUGGAUGUUUUGCGGAAUCCAAGCAUUGCAUCCAACGUGAUAUCAGCCGAUACAUCAACGUCUGUCAUAUGCGUAAAGAUACCUAGCCCAGACUGUACGAUUUUCGCACACUUCGAGGAGGCCAGAGACUGCCAUGUCUGCCUCUCCGUGCUCGAAGGAGUCGGUUUCCCUAUAAGCAGCAGCCUACAAUCUUCGUCUAUUAGUCUAGUCGACCCGGCUAUUCGCACAAGCUCGGAUAGUAUCGCACCGAUGAGAUUAUCCUCAGUCAUGAGCUUCCCGUCCUCGCGCCAGCCCGAGCUCUCCCCUUGCGGCCAACUCCCGCGAGUCGCCAGCAAUAGCCUCGUUGAUCCGUUUAGCAGCUAUUCGCUACAAAGAACAGUCUCGGUUCCGUCACAAAACUUCAGUAGCUCAUUGAUGUCAACUACAGCGUCGCAGCUUCCAGUCGACCUCAAUCCUUACAACCACUUCGCCCCCGACAGGCCCGCGCCACUCGGUAAUCUCUCUUCACAAGACGUAUAUUUAGGGGAUUCACAUGUGGCAAAUACUAGACUGGAAAAAUUGCCUUGGAAUCCAACACCAAGCAUGACGCCAGCAAGAUCGAAUCCACCGCCACAUCAGUUUCUCCCACCACACAGUGGCAAUACUAGUAUGAGAAGCAGUCUUGCCGUAGAACAACUAGACCCCGACGCUCUUUGCAAAGCCUCCGACUUCCGACAGUACAUGCCUCAGGCGCGCAGUCUACCUUUCACGAAGACCAGUCGCAAAGUAGGGGAAUCCAACACUGCCACCACGUUUAGCGCUACCAAGCGCAAAACCGUCGGUAAUGCGGAUUUGAAAACGGAAUCCGAUAAGGAUAUAUCUGCUAGUGUGCCAGGCAAACGGCAAAAGGCUACCAAAAGGUCGGCAGAAGCCCAAACGGAUGCAUCGCGCCGUCAAAAAUCGGCACGAGUUGAAAGCCAGUCAACCGGCGACCGCAAGAUCGUAAAUAGAAAACGUACAACAGUAGCAACAUUGCCAGCGCAGAAGAAAUCACCCGCAAAGAAAGCUAGCAAAAGCUCUUCGUCCAAAGUUACAUCAUCGACCAAGACAAGGUCACCGGAUGUGGCUCCGACUGCAAAACAGAAAGGAAAAAGGUUGACUGCAAAGAAAAUACAGCAUGGGGAAAAGGCCACGAAAGUCACAGCGUCAACACCAUUUGCAACGAGCGCCGCGGCUAGCGUCAUGAGCGCGGCUAGUUUCAAAAGCACCAACUGUACAGAGAUAUCCCCACCGCCUCUGAAUGUAUCAAGAAAUUCAAAGAAAGGCACCAGUACCGGAUCAAAUCUUUCUAGUCAACAUCCAGGAUUGGAAGCCGGGUCUGAUUCUACGCUCCUAGUAACAGAAGCGACGGUUCUCGAUGCUCUGAACAAGAUGACGUCGAGAAUAAUAGAUCAGUACGAAGCAGAUAUCGAAUAUGGGCUGAACCGGUUCGAAAUCGCCCAAUACUAUGUGGACAAUCUAUACAACACUCGCUUGGAAUUUUGCCACGACGGGAACCGCAUCAUGCCGUCGUCCAUGGCGCUACGAAGCAGCCGCUCGCCACCUUCUCAGGUGAAGCCGGCUCAAAAGAUUAUGGAGCAUACCAACCGCGUUAAGAAGCGGUCGAAAAAGCAGUCGAAAAAGGAGUCGAAAAAGCAGUCGCAGGCUUCUCUCGACGUCAAGAACCCUGCUAAGAAGCUCUGGGUCUGCCGCCGCGACGGCCGCUGCGAGCUCUUCCCCGACAUGGACCCCGACGACGUCAGCGUCGCCCGCGUCAGUGCCCAGUUCCGGCUAUUUCAGACCAUCCAGGCGCAGGCCGACGACAAGCCCGACCACGUCCUCCAGUGGGGCGAGUCCCGGAACGAUGGGCUUAUUGUCUGGAGCAAGUUCGCCUCCAAGACCCGCCGCCGCAAGGGCAAGCUCAGCUUCGUCGUGCCCGUCGACGGCAACACGGACCAUGAGCUGCGAGAGCGCCUGGUCCGCGCCAUGGAAAAGGCCUGCGCGAACCCAGAGGGCCGUCUUCACAGACUCGGCUACACAAGGGUCAUCGAGUACAGCAACGUCGACAAUGAGGUUGAAUGGCACAUUGUCAAAGCACGCAAGCCCUCCACGCGACUAAAUUCGACUCCGGCCGCCAUGAAAGCCUAG